ACAAACAAAAUGGCGGCUGAAAGUCCAGUUGAACUCAUCGAGUUUAUUCGUCCCUGCAGAAACCAAAAUAACCUUUAUGUUACGAAUAUUAGUAGGAAUUUAAGCGAGGAUGAAGUUCAGAUGAAGCUCACACAGAUCUUUUCAAAGUUUGGACUAUUGUACGAGGUACAAGUCUUUGAUGCAAGGGAAAACACAUCUGAGGAACCUCAAAGUUUCUGUUACCAUGACAAUGAUACACGAAGUUCCUUGUAUGCCUUUGUUAAAUUUUACUCCACCAAAGCUGCAGCAAGAGCUCAGAGGGAAACCAAUGGUAAAUGGCUGAUUGGGGGACAGUUUCUCAAGGUACAAUUUGCCAAUCGCAAGAAAGUUGUGGAAACACCAGCUCCAUUGUACAUGGCCAGAUGUACAGAACUGGCUAACCAUUACUUAGGAUUCAAUGGAUGGUCAACAAAGAUUGUUAAGAUUGAGAAACUUGAUGAGAAGACAAUGGACGACCAAGAAAUUAGUGCUUUUAUGUACAGAUCUAUUGUAAGAUUAGARAUCAAAGCUCAUGAUUGUUACUGUGAAGGUAUUGGUUACGGUGGUGAUAGAAAAACAUUAAAGCAAGAGAAGGACCCCUUGAAGAAACUAGAAUUGACAGCAAUUGCAAAGAAGACUGCACACAGACAUGCCUUUGAAAAUGCAUUCAAGAGAGUAAUCAUCAUCGCUUUGGAUAACGGCAAAGUAUCAGUUGAGAUCAACCAGACAGAUGUAUCAGACUGYGAGCUGAUUGGCUUAUCAGAAGAUGGGGUUGUUCAUAUUAAUCAUGUCGAAGAACACACUACCAACAGUGAUGAGGAGAUUGAAGAUGAAGACAUACUUGAGGCAUUAAAUGCUCUGAUSGAUCCUACAGAGAAUUGAACUCAACCAUAAUAAUUAUGUAGUGGAAGCACUAAAUGGGACAACAUUUGAAAAGUGAACCAAUCUCAAUGUGACAAGAUUGAAGAUAAAAAGAUACUUGGGGAAUUAAAUGCUCUGAUAGAUCCUACAGAGAAUUGAACUCAACCAUAAUAAUUAUGUAGUGGAAGCACUAAAUGGGACAACAUUUGAAAAGUGAACCAAUCUCAAUGUGACAAGAUUGAAGAUAAAAAGAUACUUGGGGAAUUAAAUGCUCUGAUAGAUCCUUUAUUGGAUUAAGCCCAUCCAUAAUUAGAGUAUAGGUACACUAAAUGGGAGGACAUCAUAAAGUUAUUCAAUCAAGAUGUAAAGUGAAAUCUGUAGCCGAUCAGGAGAGAGCAGAAUUAUUGUCACAUUGAACUUAUAGCUAAUCAUCUUUCCUUCUCAUGGUCAUCGAUAGCAUCUUAGUUGUUUGUCAGUCAUUUAACCAGACGUAAGCUGGGUUGCUUGCUCCUGAUUGGCUUUGGUCAGAUUACCUAAUUUUUAGUCUGCAUUAUGAUUGGUUAACUCUGUUUAAGUAGUCCCAGUUACUGUGUCUGCACUUUGUAACAAGUUUAAUAGACAAGACGACGCUAUUCAAUGGGUACUUUAURCCACUUUAUUUGAAUAUGUUUCAAGAGAACUGGGAAUAAAGGAGCAAAAAAGACUGAUGAAUAAGCUUAAUCAUUAGUCUUUUUUGCUCCUCAAUUGUGAAUAUGUAAAUCAGUGCUUGUUAUCAGUAUUGCUGACGAUGGGAGCUGAAUAUCUCGAAACAUGCUAAAAUAAAAGCGUAUGAAGUACCGCUUGAAUAGCAUCGUCUUGUCUAUCAAACUUGUUGAAUAGUGUCAUCUCAAGAUAUCAACUAGUGUACAUGAAAAAAUAUUUUAUGAAGGAAGACAUAUAUCUAAUAACUGCA